GCGGCGGCGCUAGCGGAGUCCCCCGGGCUGGAGAGAGACGGAGCCGGCGAGCCAACGGGCUAAACAACAGGGGUGGAGCAGAUCGCCGCAAAGAGCAGCCCCCCGUGCGCCCUGGGGCUCCCUGGCCGCGAGGUCUCCUUGCUCCAUGGCCCCCAGCCGGAGGGAUGAGCCCCGACGGGCGUGAAGGGGGCAGAGAGAAAAUGAGAAGCCAGGCGAGAGCGGGGGGUCUGCCUGGGCAGCCAGCGGGCAGGAGGUGAAGAGCGCCCCGGGGGGACGGCGGCCGGUGCCGCCAGCGCCACAUACCAAAGAACCCGGGCCCCGCGCAGCGCCCGGCGCUUCCUUUCCCCUCUCCUGGCUGGCGAAGAGCCCCAGGGCGAGCGGCGGCCGGACUGCGCCGAGGCAGCGCGCAAAAGGAGCGCAGAGACUGAGGACCGCGCUCCCCAGGGGAGCUCAGCGCGCCCGGGAGAGGGGAGCGCCCAGCCCCUGCAGGAAGCCUCGGGCAGGUGCCCGGGGCAUGGGAACAAGGGCGCAGCCCCCUGUCGGACCCCGCGCUUCGGCCCCUGCCCCCGGCAGCCCGCUUGGAUUAACUCCCGUUGGGUUUUGCUAGAAAGCCGAGCAGCGCACCCGCCGCCUCUGGAUCCCGGCUGUCUCCGGGCGUGUGAAAUUACCUCACGGCUCCUUCCCGACCUCCGGCCAUGAGCCAGAGAGUCACUGGGAAGGAAAACAAAGAUGAAUUUUGCUGUACAGAGAAGGGUUUUUCUGUCCACUGCUUCCAGUCAGACUCAGCCCAUGUCCCAUCCAGCAGGUAGUGCAGAGAAGAAGAAGGCAGCCACAAUGCCUGACUCGCCGGCCGACGUGAAGACUCAGUCCAGAUCGACACCCCCCAACAUGCCUCCUCCGCCGCCAGCCGUCACGCAGGGAGCCACGCGGCACCCCUCCUUCACGCCAAACACCAAUCAAGAAGCUGGGCCUCCGACGUUUCUGCCUCGCGGCCGUUUUCAUGGUUGCUUGAAAUGGUCGAUGGUCUGUCUUUUAAUGAAUGGAAGCAGCCACUCCCCUACCGCUAUCAAUGGAGCUCCUUCCACCCCCAACGGGUUCAGCAACGGGCCUGCCACCUCCUCCACUGCCUCCCUGUCCACCCAUCAGCUCCCUCCUGCCUGCGGCGCCCGGCAGCUCAGCAAACUCAAGCGCUUCUUGACCACCCUGCAGCAGUUUGGGAACGACAUCUCCCCGGAGAUCGGGGAGCGGGUGCGCACGCUGGUGCUGGGGCUUGUGAACUCCACGCUGACCAUCGAAGAGUUCCACUCCAAGCUCCAGGAGGCGACUAACUUCCCGCUGCGCCCCUUCGUCAUCCCCUUCUUGAAGGCCAACCUGCCCUUGCUGCAGCGCGAGCUGCUCCACUGCGCCCGCAUGGCCAAGCAGACCCCAGCCCAGUACCUGGCCCAGCACGAACAGCUGCUGCUCGAUGCCAACGCCUCUUCCCCCAUCGACUCCUCUGAGCUGCUCCUGGAGGUCACCGAGACUGGCAAGAGGAGGACACCAGACAGGACCAAAGAGAACGGCUUGGACCGAGACCCUCUGCACCCCGAACACCUCAGCAAACGGCCGUGCACCAUGAGCCCCGCUCAGCGGUACAGCCCCAGCAACGGGCUGAGCCACCAGCCCAACGGGCUGCCCCACCCCACCCCGCCACCACCACCGCACUACCGCCUGGAGGACAUGGCCAUGGCACACCACUACCGGGACACGUACCGGCACCCCGACCCCAGGGAGCUCCGGGAGCGCCACCGGCAAGUGGCCGUGCACGGCUCCCGCCAGGAGGAAGUGAUCGACCACAGACUAACAGACAGGGAGUGGGCUGAGGAGUGGAAACACCUCAACAACCUGCUGAACUGCAUCAUGGACAUGGUGGAGAAGACGCGGCGCUCCCUCACCGUGCUGCGCCGCUGCCAGGAGGCCGACCGCGAGGAGCUCAACCACUGGAUCCGCCGCUACAGCGAUGCUGAAGACAUGAAGAAAGGCCCCAACCCCCCACCCCGCCCCCACAACAGCUCCUCCAACUCCGAGGCCCCCCCAUUAGACACUCACCGGGAGUUUGUGCCCAGGCCCCUCUCUGGUUACAUGCCCGAGGAAAUCUGGAGGAAAGCUGAAGAAGCUGUGAACGAGGUGAAGCGCCAGGCCAUGUCCGAGCUCCAGAAGGCGGUGUCGGACGCGGAGCGCAAGGCCCAUGAGCUGAUCACUACCGAGCGAGCCAAGAUGGAGAGGGCCCUGGCGGAGGCCAAGCGCCAGGCUUCCGAGGACGCGCUGACGGUGAUCAAUCAGCAGGAGGACUCGAGUGAGAGCUGCUGGAACUGCGGGCGCAAGGCCAGCGAGACCUGCAGCGGAUGCAACACGGCCCGUUACUGCGGCUCCUUCUGCCAGCACAAGGAUUGGGAGAAGCACCACCACGUCUGUGGGCAGACUCUGCAGGGCCUCCAGGCCUCCGCUGGCGCAGCCCCUUCCUCGGGGGUGGGCUUAGGGGUGGGCUCAGCUCAACCGGAUGUGGUGGCUGUCAGCGCCUCCAUCACCAGCGUGGCCACCAUGGCCGCCAGCCCCAGCGAAACCGGCUCGGCUGCUGCGUCGCGCUCCGGCACGCCGGCCACCCCAGCUCCUCUGGAAACGGCAUCACGCUAACCGACCAACUGGCCAGCCAACAGAGGGGAAAGAAACAGAGAAACCUACAGAAUGUCACUGCUGCUACUGCUUCUCUCCAAAAGAAAAAC